AAAAUCAUGGCCAGAACCAAGAUUCGUUCCCCCACUCUGGGCGAUUGUCGCCUAUAUGACGCCGCUACCGGACAAGAUCUCAUUCUAGAUGGCUCCUCGGCGCAGGUACUCAUCGCGGACAUUCAUGCCUCGGUAAAUCUAUCGCAGCGUUUCACGAAUACAUCGUACACGACUAUCUCGAGUGCGGUGUAUACCUUCGGCCUGAUGGCUGGUGCCGCUGUCUGCGGGUUUGAGAUGAUUAAGCAAGAUGGGACGCGGGUGGAGGGUGUUGUGAAGGAGAAUGAGGCUGCGAAGAAGGAAUACGAGCAGGCUAUCCAGGCCGGAAAGACUGCUAGCCUGGGUCAACAAGAAACAGAAGACGUGUUCUCUAUCACGGUCGGCAAUGUUCUUCCUUCAGAGACUGUAGAGAUCAACUUACACUACAUUCAACCACUUACGGAUGACGAGAAGAAAGAUCAAGUCAAAUUCAUCUUUCCUCGUACAUAUGCACAACGAUAUGGCCAGGCACCGACAGACAAUAGUGCCCGCGGAACGACGGUGCACCAACCGUUCAACAUGAAAGUCAUCGUACAGCAAUCCGGCGUUAUAAAGAGCAUCUCCUGUCCCUCCGCACAUCCAAUCCAGCUUGAGCUCGGACUUCCUGACGGCCUUGUAUCUCCGGAGAAAGACGAAUCGGAAGAUAAAUCACCUUCUUUCGCCUUAGUCACCCUUACAGAUACCUCAGGCUUCCUCACGCAGGAUGUCGUCCUGGUGAUAAACGCCGGCGGUCUUGACUCUCCUCGAUGUUUCAUCGAACAGCAUCCUAGUCCGAAUCAUGAGACGACUGCGAUGGCUUUAACCUUCGUCCCAAGGUUCACGCUCCCUGAUAUAAAAAGUGGGGUGGAGUACGUGUUUGUUGUUGAUCGUAGCGGGAGUAUGAAAGGAGAGAGGAUUAGAUUGGUGCAGGAGGCCCUUGUCAUUUUACUCCGUGGCCUUCCGACGUCUGGGACCACGUUCAACAUCGUCUCAUUCGGUGCGAAGGCAACAAAGCUGUGGGACGUUAGCAGACAGUAUUCUCAAACCAGCUUGGAAGAAGCGACAAAUCAUGUUGACUCGAUGCAAGCUGAUUAUGGCGGUACCGAAAUUGCUUCAGCUUUAUCCCUCGUCUAUUCUUCCCUACCCAAACCUCUCGCCCGUCCUGUUGCAGUCAUCCUACUCACAGACGGCAGCGCCUGGGAUGUUCCCACCUGUGUCUCACACACUCAGAACGCGAUCUCUACCCUUCCAAUUUCUAAACCCGACUCCAACGAUCCGGUGUCCUUUAUCCGUGUUUUCACCGUUGGCAUCGGCGACGGAGCUUCUUCAGAUACAUGUGAUAGUAUCGCUCGUGCGGGGAAUGGAUUCGCCGUGUAUGUUAAACAGGGAGAACCUGUCGCUGGGAAGUGUGCCAGAGUGGUCAGGGCGGCGAGAACACCGAUGGUGGUGGAUGUUAUGGUAGACUGGACUGGAGAUCAGGGCGCGGAUCAUGGAGAACAGGAUGGAAUCGAGGGUGUUAGUAACGACGAUUUUGAGAUUGUGGACAAUCCGGGGAAGGGUAUCCAGGCCACGACUGAGAGUCUUGUGCCUGUGUCUGCAGUCAGCCUGUUCAACAAUGAUGAUGAUGGUGAUGACAAAGUGAUGAGUGAAGCCACUGGUCCUCCUCCAGCACCGGACCCUCAACUUCCACCUCCUCCUAAAAUUCAACAAUCUCCUCUAAUCCUGAGGAAUAUUUUUCCUGGUACGAGGACUCAGGUGUACGCCAUUGUCCGCACUCCUCAGAACGAGAGCGGGACAAAAGGUGAGGAGCUUCCAGUGACUGUCAAAAUCAAAGGCGUUGUGAGUACGACCCGAGCUCCUGUUGAGCUCGUCGUGCCUGUAUCGCGAAUCUUGCGUUCUCCGUUCAAACCAAGAACUCAACCCCAAUCCGGAGAUGAUACUGGCUUGAACAGCGGUCUCGGCAAUGUCAACUCGCAGCCUUUCCUUCACGUCAUCGCUGCUAAAGCUCUCAUAAUCGACCGUCAGGACGGUAAGCAUGCGUUCCCUGAUUCCAUUGCUGGCCAGUUCCAGAACGAUCAAGAGUUAAAGGAGGCUUACUUGAAUAAAGAGAUUGUUCGUCUUGGGACAACAUAUAGUCUUGCCAGCAAACUUACGAGUUUCGUUGCCGUGGACCACCGAUCUCAUGAGGGUAGUAGUGGUAAUCCCACUGCUGAGUCAGUAUUCUCCUCGACAAGUAAUGUCAUUCCGAUUUCUGGUUUCUUGGCUUCACAGAGACGGAUGGCUGUUCAAAGUCAACGGGCGGGAAGUGGUAAGGCUGCGAGGAAACAAUUGGCUCCCAGAGCUGCGAGGAAGGCCGCUGCUUCCAUCUCGUCAUCCUCUUUCGCUGUUGAGCUUCUGGAACCAAGACCGUUGUAUUCCGGGAAACCACCACCACCCCCUGCGUGGGGUCCACCUCAAUCAUGGAAUGCAGAGUCCAGUGUCGACGUGUCAGAAUUUCAACGUAUCAGUGACUCGGAUGGUAACGAUCGGCCGGUUAAGAGGAUGAACUUGAACGGGGCAUCAUCACCAUCAUCGUUUUCAGAUCCAACGGCGACUGCUUCAGGCCCUUCUUCAUCAUCGACUUAUACGCCAUCUAUGCAGACACGACAGCAAGCACGGGGGCGGGUAGUGGAACGGGAAAGGGAACGAACGGGACAACUACGGACUGCUGGUUUUGCCCGUACUGCUCCUGCCACUACCCCUCUCACCACUCCUACUACUGCCUUUGUUGCUUCUCUUUCUCCUGUUUCUACCUCUCCCGCAUCAAAAUCAUCAACAGACAUAACUACUAGUGAUCGUCUCACCGCCAUCGCUCGUUUACAGAAAUUCAACGGUCAGCUCUCCUUGACCUCACCACUCCUGGUUCUUCUAGAGAUCAACGAGUCCGUGCAGGAAGUUGAGAGGAAAUUGGCUGCUGUGGAUGUGAGUGGAAAUGUUGGUGCGACAGUUUUAACGUGGGCCUGGAUGGAGAAAAUGCGUAUCGGAGGCGUUGGUGUCGGGGAGGAGAUACUGGGCCUGAUAGAGAAGGCGAGAGAAUGGGUCGAAAGUGAGCUUGCGGGACUGUUGACUUUUGAAGAUGUGAAGCAGAAGGUCCUCAGCAAGUUCUGAGUGUGAUUAGCAUAGCCUUGCUCUCACAAGAACUCCGAAUUGUUCAACAUGCUAGGUUCGAUGACCCAUGUACCAUAGUCUCGUAUAUGUGGCUCGGCUGUAUUUACAACAGUAGAAUCACAGUAUUCAUUAUUAGCUUUUGACGAGCUCGUUUCUCCUUGUGCAAUAUAUUCC